CGUCUUUAUCCGUGUGUGCUUCAACACACCAGACUCCAACAUGAGCUCAUUAGCAGAGCUCUGCAGAACUUGACUGCGUGCUAGAGAGGAACACCUUCCCCUGAGGAUUUGAGUUUAAGACCACUGGUUUACAAUCGCAGGGUUGAGUGAACAGGAUGAAGAAAAGCCAGCAUCCGAUCACCUGGGACACGAGGACCUUCAGCCCUUAAGAAAAGGACUUUUUCCAAAAAAUCUUCAAACCGAAAACCAAAAAACCUAAUCAACAAAGAUGGGAAAGCUCUUUUUGGGUUUCGUUGUGGCCAUUGCAUCCUUAGCUUUGGUGGAGUCAUUGACUUGCAACAAGUGCUCCGUAAGUGUGUUUGGCUUCUGCUUGAACGGUGAUAACGUGACCUGUGCUACCAAUGAGGUCUGUUUCACUGGAAGAGCCACGUUCCCGUCCAUCACAGGUUUUAAUGGCUUCAGCAAUCAGGGCUGCAGGGUCAAUGACAUAUUCUGCAAUAAUUCAACCGAUUCAUCUCUGCUGGGCAUCAGCUACACUGCUUCACUUUCCUGCUGCUCCACAGACAGGUGCAACCCCGUCACGAUCAGUGGUGCCCCGUCUACCAAGAUGACCUUCACCGCUGCCAUCACUGGAGCCGUCCUGGCCUCUGUCCUGGGAAGCAAGUUGUAACCAAAUCACAACUGCUAUCAUCUACAUUUAGCUUUUCCUCUUCAUAAUCGAAAGCCCUAUAUAUUCUAAAUCUUUAUGCAAUAAAACUGCUGAUUUAAAUGUUCAGCCAAUGUUCAUGUGAAGGUAUAGUUUCAGGUAGACUCCCAGAUCAUGGAAGUUGAUCAAUGGAAUGUUUCAAAGAAACAUUGAGCUCGUAAAUCUUUCAUUAAGUUGGUUUGGGUUAAUUUCUUCUUAAUCAAAAUAAUUCGAUCCUUCUAUGCUUUUUGUAUGCACUGGGCCCCAGAAUGAUAAAAAUAAAGAAAAUCUCUUGAUAAAUCUC